AUGUCCUCGGCACCUCGCCGCCGCACCGCAGUGCUCGCGCACCGCCGCUCAAGCUCCAGCUCGAGCCUCUCGUCGAGCAGCGACUCGGACUUGCCUGCGCCGCUCCUCGUGCCGACGAGCUACCCGCCUCGUGUCGUCGGUGCGACGAGGAGCGACAUCCAGUGGGUCAUGCGCAGCCGGGGCAAGAAGCGCCGUGGGGGGUCGGACGACGGGUCAGGGAGCGGCAGCGACGACGACGACGGUGGCGGCAAACCACACCUCUCGAAGAAGACCAAGACGACGAUCACGCUCGUCUUUCUCGUCCUCCUUGUCGCGGCGGGAGGGUUUGUCGCCUGGAAAUGGGGCACCGAGCUGUACGACGACGCGCACGACUUUAUGAUCUUCCCGACCGUGACGACACCGGUCGACCUCACGCAGAAGGUCAUGAGCGUCGUCGGCGAGGUGACUGAGAAGGUCGUCGGCGCUUUCGAGACGGCGACAGAAGCUGUCGUCGGGGCGCAAGCGACGGCGACUGCAGCCGUUGCAGGCGCAGCAGAGACGGCCGCCAAUGCGGUCAAAGAUGGAGCCGGCGACGCAAUCAAACACAUUGGCGGCAUCUUUGGCUGA